AUGAAGAAAGUCAUGAAAGAAAUGAAAGAGAACAUGAGAAGGGCGAAUCCUAUAGAAGAUUUGGUCCACAGAAAUGAUUCCCCCUUUACGGCUUCCAUUAACGGUCACCCUCUACCAUCAAAGUUCAAGUUGCCUUCUCUGGAUUCGUAUGAUGGAAUGCGUGACCCAUUUGAUCACAUUGCUACUUUCAAGACAACAAUGCACCUUCAAGGGGUCCCUAAUGAAAUCAUGUGUAAAGCCUUCCCUACCACCUUUAAAGGUCCGACACGAGUUUGGUUCAGCAAUAUACCCCCAAAUUCUGUAAGUUCUUUUGAAGAGUUGAGCAAGUUGUUUGUUAAUAAUUUCAUUAGGGGACAAAUACACAAGCGUUCCUCGUCCAGCUUGUUGACCAUAGAACAAGGGGAGAAUGAGAGCUUGCGGUCAUUCAUCAUUCGUUUCAAUAGAGAAGCCCUGAGUGUGGAUGAGAUAGAUGACAAGCUUUUAUUGACGCCCUUCCAUAAUGGGGUGAAUUCAGACUUAUUUAUACAUAAACUAUAUGAAAAAGAGCCUCAGUCCAUGGCCGAACUCGUCCAUUCGGCCUAA